CAGAAAAUCACUGUUCCUGUUUUAUUUGAGCACAUUCAUUGCCAUCAGCCACAUAACCUGCUGAAACAGCAUAACUAGAUGGCGUACUCCACAAAAACACUGGCUGGAGGCUGCUUUGGAAAAAUAUACAGGGAGAAGUAUGGAGACACAUGGGCUGCUGUGAAGAGAGUUCCUAUAGGAGUCAUCAGCAAACAACAGCUGGAGAGAGAAUGCAGAGUAUAUCAUAAUGCUCGGCAUACAAACGUGGUGAAGCUUCUAGGUGAUCCUUGGCUAAAAGACUCUAAGUGGAACAUUCCUUUGGAGUUUAUCUGUGGGGAAGAUCUUGAGACGACCAUCUUCAAAGUACAGCUUUCUAAAAUACAGCUGACUCCAGCAGUGAAAGCCACAAUCAUCACUGGCAUGUGUGAAGGUUUGUUGUUUCUGCACAGUAAAGACAUCGUCCACCAAGACCUCAAACCUGAUAACAUUAUGGUGGAGCAUCAAACCCAUCGUGCCGUGAUCAUUGAUCUAGGACUGGCUAAAUUCUUUAGAAAUGGACUCACCUCUGCAGUAAACUUGGGCAAUGAAGCGUACUCGGCACCAGAGAUCCUGCAGAUGAAUGGCGUUCGUGACAAGCGCUCAGACGUUUGGGCCAUGGGUAAAAUCAUAGCUGAACUCUGCACCAGGAUCAGGUUACCCACCCAAUUUGUCUCUCCCGUCAAGAUUCGUGAAACUCUAAAAGACCAGCCGUACUGUAAUCCAGUAUCCAGAAUGGUGGAACCCAAUCCCACGUACAGAACUACUAUGGCUGGAGUCAUUGCAGACAUCAGGAGAGCUCCUUCAGCUCAACCAACAGACAUUAGACCAAAAGACAUCACAAGAGACAUUACAAGAGACACCACAAGAGACAUUACAAGAGACAUCACAAGAGAUAUCACAGAGAAACAUGGAAAUGACAUGAGGCCAAAUCAAAAGUGGUGUCCACCAGGACCUCCUGUUCCUAAAGUGGAGCUAAAAAAACCUCCUAUUGUAUAUUAUCGACAGAGUCCACCUCAACAGAGAGAGAUGGGAAAGGCAAUGGUACCGAUUAAGGGUGAGGCCUUACACAAGCAGCUGUCCCUGAUGUCAUUUCCUUGUCCUCUCCCAGAAACCGGAAAAGUGACUCAGGAACGCUACAUCGAGGAGAAUGGAGUUCUAGAAUAUAAAGAGAUCGUGACGAAGGGAGGGAAAAUCGUUAAAUAUGAGAAAGUGCAAAUAACCAAAGAUUCUUAAAAAUAACACUUGUGAAUAGACUUGUUGUUUUAAAAACAUUGGCAAGCACUUUCAUUUUACACAGGUGAAAUGCUUUAUUAAAAAAAUUAAAAAAAAUAAAAAAAGAACAGAAAUCCCAACUGGAAAAUUAUUAUGGUAAAAUUGGUUUUAUUUUAGGUUUUUGUCAUUGCUGAUAUCCUGUUUAUAUUCAUUCAACAGUCAUUUUGUGUAAUUUGAUGUAAAGAAUAACCAUUAAAAUGUCAAAAACACUAA